AAAUAUGUACGGACACAAACGUCCAAGGCAGAAGGUAGGGUACAAAGCUUACAUUCACUAAAAGAAAGUUUAAAUGGCGGCGGCCUGAGUUCGGUGAUUUUAAUUCGUGUCCGUUCUUUCACCAAACUGUAUCAUUUCUCUACCACUAGUCAUGAAAACAAUACUGCUCUUCGUUUCCCUCCUUCUCGUCGUUUCUGCAGCGAGAAAGGAGAAAAAAACAACACUAGAGGACGUAGAGCGAGGGUACAUUACCACCAAAGCACGAUUAUCUCCUCCACCUCCACCAACGUCAACAAAAGUACGAUCUAAAUCUCCCACUCAGUUUGGAUACAUACCAGUCAAAACACCAGCUAAUUAUGUCCAAAAAGAACCCAAGAUAACUUAUGCCCCACCUCAAUAUAUAUCCUUGAACCAAGGAAAAAUUAAAUAUCAGACAGAACCACAGUACUCCACUAUACAGUACGCUUCUGGUUCGCAAUACACUACAGGACCAGUGUAUACAGGACCGGUGUAUACGGGUGCGGGUCAAGGAACGCCACAAAGAGGAGUACAAAAAGCCCCGGUAGAUCAAACUCAAGAGUAUUACGUGCCUCAGCAAGAGCAGUCUCAGUAUUUGAAUUAUGAUAACGUACAGUAUGUAGCAGACAACAACAUUGAUCAAGGGGCCGGACAGCAGCACUACAACCCACAGCAGUAUUAUUAUUUGCAACAACAGUACCAAGCACCUACUACGUCUAUACAAGCUGUGGUGGACCCAAAAGGGGGUUUGCAGUACAUAAUGUAUAUCCCAACAUAUGUGUCCAACCAGGGAAGUCAACAGCAGUCAACUGACCAAACCCAGAACUACGAGAACGUCGUCUAUAGCGACAACGACCAGACGUACCAACAACCACAAUCAUCCCCCCAAUAUACCACAUACACAGAGAAACAACCCACUCUUGAAACUGGCAAGAGCGCAUACAAUGUUAAAGCUACAGACUUCACUUUCAAAAGAGAACCUAAGAGCCUCUUGGACUCAUACGUUCCCUCCGUUCUUCAACUUCAGUAUUAUAAGCAAGCUCAGUUGAACAGCAUCAGAGAUAGCGAAAAGUAUGAGAGUUAUAUUAACCCCACUGGUGCAGAGUCGUCUUAUAGAUAUAACUAUAGACCUACCCCAUUCAGGAGAUAAUUUUUGAAUAGCAUUACAGGCAGAUAGAUAUGAUAGGAAGGUUAAAGAAGAGAUUAUCUUGAUUUAAUUAAUCUUCUUUACUGGAUUUUAAAAUGAGUUCUUAUUAAAUCCAACUACUUCUUUACAACAAUUUACUAUUAUAUUUUAAAAUGUAUCUAUUUCUUGGUUUUCUCUACUGUUCUUAUUUCUUUUAUUUUAUUCUAUAUUAUAUAUUGUUUUUCUCUUUUAUUGUCUUCAUUAUUAUCUUGAUCUAAAUCAUUUAAUUAUCUCCUCUUAUUAUCUUUUUGCUUAUUAAUUUACCUCUUAUUUUCUCCCCCCUCUCUCUCUUUCUCUCCCUCUCUCUUUCUUUCUCUCUCUUUCUCUAUCUCUCUUUCUCUCUCUGUACUUUACAUUAUGAUAAAUAUUUCUUAAUUGAACAAUAUGUGCAAUCACUAUUUACCUGCUUGUUGCUCUAUAAAAUCACUUCUUAUACAUUAUACAUAUAUAUUUACUUUUACUUUUUACUUUACUUUUACUUUUUACUUUACUUUUACUUUUUACUUUACUUUUACUUUUUACUUUACUGUACUUUUUACUUUACUUAUACAUUAUUCCUUUUUCCGUUUCUUAGAAUUUUUCUAAACUUACACUAAUUUCUAUUUUCCAAGAGAAAAACUGGACAGUUUUUACAUUAUGAAUAAGUCUUAUUAUAGUUGCCAACAAAUAUUGCAGAAAACCUUAUCUUAAGCUUAUUACAAAGUCACUUGUAUUAGAGUGGUGUCCUUAGGUUUCCGGCACAGGUAGAAAGUAAUAAAUGUCAGUCUAUUGUACGUUUAAUUAUAUACCUGCUAUUCAGUAUGUUUACCUCUCGAAACUUAACAACACAACGCAAAUACAAAUGGCUUUGUAAUAAGCUUAAGAUAAAGUUGUCUGCAAUGAUUUGGUGGCAACUAUACAUGUAAUUUUGUACAUAAUAAAUGUAAUAACAAUUCAUUUUUUGAUACAGCAGAAUAUCUCUCUCCAAAUGUAAUGUUUAUUCAGUUAUUUUCAUAAGUCUGAUUAUAGGUAUUGUAUAUAUUUAACGUUAUUUGUUUUGUGUAGUUUAAUAAUUUGGCCAGUGGCUGGACACUUUGUUAACGUGCGAUGAUCCUUGAUUCAAUUGUAAUCUGUUGUAAUUGUAGAUUCAAUUGCAAUCUGACAUUUACUUACGCUAUUUUAUAAUUUAACAAGUAUUCUGUAAAGAAUUACCGAUUAAAAAGUUGUAUUUG